AUGAAUUCGAAUUUUGCCAACUAUCUAUUUACUCGAUUCGCUUGCCAUCGUAAAAGUGAUGAUUCAACGCACUGCCAAUUGGGUCACUUACGCAAAGAGGAUGACUCAGUAGUUCGUCUUUUAUUCCCAUUCGCACAUAUCAAAUAUUACCAAACUGUUCAUGUUGGCAGAAUUCGUUUAUGCACACGUACCUAUGCUGAAGGGAAAGUUGCUGAUGACUCAAAUAUAAUUUUUAUCUUUGAUAAUGUGCAGUAUCCUGGUUCAAAUGAGCAUGAUCAACUUUCAACUUCUUCUGAGGUGAACAGUGUACAUAAAGAAUCAUCUUUGAAUAAACGUACUGCAGUGGAUGACAGUAGUGAUGAUAACUCGGAGUUUGAAAGUGAAAUGGAUGAAAAUGAGAAAAAUAAUGAUGAUUAUGUGUUAAAAUCUAAUGGUUUAACUUCAUCCAACAAGAAGAAAAAAUCAUCUGCAUUGAAAAUUACAAAAUCCGGUGCUGCUGCUGCAGCAAAGCGUCUUCUUUUAGAUAAUUCAAUUGAUUCAAUUAACAUUGAUGAACAACAACUUGAUAUUUCACAAUUGGCAAAUUAUAUGAAAGAGCUGAAUGUCAACAACAAACAUUUAAUGAAAUAA